GUUACGGCAGUUACGACAAUACGGGGGUUACGGCAGUUACGACAAUACGGGGGUUACGGCAGUUACGACAAUAUGGGGGUUAUGGCAGUUACGACAAUAUGGAGGUUAUGGCAAUUACGACAAUACGGGGUUACAGCAGAGCAACAGGUUACGGCAGACAAUAA